UGGAACGGGGAGGGGAAAGACCAUCCUCGAGUUCCCGAGUGAUUGGCAGUCAGGUUUCUGAGGGUUUUUGGGUUUUGUUUUGUUUUCUUUUUUUUUAAAUAGAGAAAUGCAUUCGUGUGGAGAAUGGGUAUACACCUGACUCUCCAGGAAAUAGGCCCUGGGGGUUGGGUUUCUAGGUCCUACAGUCUGACGCUCGAGAAUAGAAGUAGGCUGGAGGACUGAAACCUGGAUCUACAGUGAAGCAGUUAGGAAAGGGUGUUGACGGGUGUGGCGGCGCACGCCUUUAAUCUCAGCACUCUGGGAGGCAAAGGCAAGAAGAUCUGAGUUUCAGGGCAACCUGGUCUACAUAAUGAGUUCAGGCCAGCCAGGGCUACACAGCGAGACGCUGUCUUAGAAAAGAAGCAAACAAGACAGUCUUACAUGUUUUCUGAGGGAUGUCUUUCCCCGCCUCUUGCUUUCCAGCAAUGCCUCUGCCUCAGGGUGAUGUGACUGCCUUAUUCUUGGGGCCUCCCGGCUCGGGAAAGUCCGCGCUGAUCGCCGCGUUAUGCGGUAAGAAUGUGGACGCGGUAGAAAUUCCCGAUGGACGGCCGGACUCUGGGGUCCCCAGCCUAAGAGCUGCAGCUCCGGGCCUCUUCCUGGGUGAGCUGAGUUGCCCACCCGCAGCCCCCGGGCCCUGGGCGGCGGAGGCCAACUUGCUGGUAUUGGUGCUACCAGGAUCUGAGGGAAGCGAGGAACCCUUGACCCCAGCUCUGGGAGAGGCAGCACGGGCCGCCCUGGCCAGAGGAACCCCGCUGCUGGCUGUACGGAAUCUGCGUCCUGGAGAUUCCCAGAAUGCAGCUCAGGCCCGGGAUGAGACUGCGGCCUUGCUGGACAGUGCUGGGUUAGGAGCUGCGCCUCUCUUUGUGCUGCCCGCGGAUUGCAGCAGCAGUGACGGCUGCGAGGAGCUAGAGCGCCUGCAGGUGGUGCUGCGGACCCAGGCGGAGGCACUGCAGAGGCUCCUGCCUCCUGCCCAGGAUGGCUUCGAGGUGCUGGGCGCAGCAGAGCUGGAAGCUGUUCGUGAGGCCUUCGAGACUGGUGGCCUGGAGGCGGCGCUGUCGUGGGUGCGCGCUGGUCUGGAGCGCCUAGGCAGCGCUCGAGUGGACUUGGCGGUGGCCGGCACCACCAACGUAGGCCUUGUGCUGGACAUGCUACUGGGGUUGGAGCCUGGCGACGCGGGUGCUGCGCCUGCCUCUGCACCCACUGAGCCCACCCCUUAUCCUGCUCCAGAGCGCCCCAAUGUAGUGCUCUGGACCGUUCCCCUGGGCCCCACAGCCACAUCCCCUGCCGUCACCCCUCACCCGACCCACUACGAUGCCCUGAUCCUCGUCACCCCUGGGGCUCCUACGGAGGAGAACUGGGCCCAGGUCCGCUCGUUGGUGUCCCCAGAUGCUCCACUCGUCGGUGUGCGCACUGACGGCCAGGGCGAAGAUCCACCCGAGGUUCUGGAAGAAGAAAAGGCUGGGAAUGCAAGGGAUGGGAACUCAGGCGAUGCACGCAGCGAAGGAAAGAAACCUGGCAUCGGGGACUCAGGAUGCUCUGCGGUUCGGAGCCCAGAGGAUGAGCAGUGGGAGGUGCUGGAGGAGGCGCCUCCGCCCGUGUUCCCUCUGAGGCCCGGCGGCCUCCCGGGCCUGGGAACUUGGCUGCAGCGGGCACUGCCCACAGCUCAGGCGGGAGCGCUGCUGCUGGCGCUGCCACCCGCAAGUCCUCGGGCGGCGCGGAGGAAGGCGGCAGCAUUGCGGGCAGGGGCGUGGAGGCCAGCCCUCCUGGCUAGCCUGGCGGCAGCCGCCGCUCCAGUACCAGGACUGGGCUGGGCUUGCGAUGUGGCGCUUCUCCGGGGACAGCUGGCCGAGUGGAGGCGCGCGCUGGGCAUCGAACCUGCGGCCGUGGCACGACGUGAGCGCGCCUUGGGCCUGGCUCCCGGAGUACUGGCCACGCGCACGCGCUUCCCGGGGCCGGUGACGCGAGCCGAGGUAGAGGCCAGGCUGGGGUCCUGGGCAGGUGAGGGCACGGCCGGAGGUGCGGCAUUGGGCGCGCUCUCCUUCCUAUGGCCGGCCGGUGGUGCAGCGGCAACAGGUGGGCUGGGUUACCGUGCUGCGCAUGGUGUACUGCUGCAAGCCUUGGAUGAGAUGCUGGCUGAUGCUGAGGCGGUGCUGGGACCCCCAGAGCACAAUCAGUAAGGCGCGCGGUGGGGCUUGGGGCAACUGGUGACUUGGUUCGUAGCCCCAUAGCCUCUGAGAUUAAGGAGUGAAGUUGUGUUACUCAAAUCCGGAGACUUGAAGGAGACUGGCAUCUCGUUGAAAUCCGAGACCUACAGUCACCCGAUUUCCGUGGCUCUGAAUGGGAGUAAGGUCUAUGCGCCAGAAGUGUGUCAGCCAGAUACCAAUGCAGUAAAGGGAAUUGAGGGCCUGGGACUCAUAGAAAUGGGAGCCUUUUGGCGUCCAGCUGACACCUGGUCCUCAAUCUCUAGAAGCCUUGAUUCCUGCCUUCCUAUGAGUGAACCUAUGACUAUGGACCGGGUGCUUCAGGGAGUUAGAAUCCUUGGAGCGCUGGGUCCCAAAGGGAAACGAGACGUAAGUUGUCCGAUGAAAGAACAGAUUUGCCGGAGCUGUGAGAGUCUUAGAAAAAGUCUGGUUCCUAAGAAGGCUCUAGAGAUUGGUUGUCAUUUCUUGGGUGGUGGGAAGCCUGUGGGAGACCAGGGGCCUGCUGGAGACCCUUUGAUCUGGAGUGUGGAAGAUUGUCAUUUGCUCUUCAAGGCUUUGGUGUAGAGAAUACUGUCCCACAAAAUUGAAGAGAAGGGACAGGGAGGGUCUGGGUAAGGUAGUCUUCCGAUGGUCAGAGCCUAAGAAUGGGGCCUAUAGGGUAUGGAAAAAUAGCAACCCACACUUGGAAAUACCUCCCUUGAGCCUCUGAUGAACUGGGAUCGUGGCUUUACUGGAAAAGGGUGUGACUACCCCCAUUUUAUAGGUGCUGGGUGAUUCAGGGUCUCCGGCAUGUGUGCUCCUGUUUAUUACUGGUUUUUUCUGCCAUAUGGACCUUAACCGUUGGACCUCCUGCUCAUCCGGAAAGGCAAGAGUCCUACUGUGGCAGCCUAUGGUUUUCUGCAUGACGACCUCUGAUCGAUUUCUCCAAGAUACGUGCUGCUGGUCCACACAGGAUGCUGCUGAGAGUGGGGGUCCCCCACAGGAUAGCUGGGUAGGCCAUUGACGCUGGAGGAAAGUGCCAGGAGGGAGGCAGAGGCAGAAACCACAGUGCGCAUGCGCAUCAGCUUUGCACAGAUGCGAGAAGCCAUGUAUGAUUCCCCAGUGUUGAAAACAGGAGGGCGUGGCAGAUGGGCCCACCCGGUUCAGAGAGGCAGUGUGUGGCCUGACCCUGCCUAUUCUCGGUUCCCAGCCCAUCUCCAGCAAGCCUGAUUUGUUGUUCUGAUGCUCAGGUCCCGCCUCGGGACUUAGGCAUGGUUUUCUAUGGAACACUCUGCCUCUCCGUCUUUUAUGAGGUAGGGUCCUCAUUGUCAGGUCUCCCCGAAAUGGCUCUAUGAUCACCCAAAGUAGCUUGCAUUGAUCCUGGCCACUUGAUCGUCCCUGUAGCGAACAUUGCUAUCAAUGGCUUUAUUUAUUCACUCAUUCAUUUAUUUGCCUGUUCAUUGGCUCUUGCUCCUUGCCUGUCUUUCUCUUGGGUGUACCCUAGUACCCAGAGCAGUGCCUGACACACGGUAGGUGCCUAGUAUUUAUUAUCCUGGUUUAUUGAUCAUUGGCACAUGGCCUGGAAUUCAGGUUGUCAGUAACCUUGUUACAAAAAAGGGACAAGCUAGGGAGAAGCGAGCCCCUGGUGGGAGAGCAAACCGAAGCAGGAGAGCUUGGCCCCUGUCACCUCAUGAGCAAGUGCCGUAUAUUUUCACCUGGUAGAUGAAAGGACUGGACUAGAACCAUAAGAGUUUCUGAGGGCUAGUGAUUGGAGGUUGCAUAGCUGGGCUUUACCCCAUCUAACCUUGAAUUCUCACCUCUGACACCAUUCACCCUAUGAAAGGGGGCAUCGGAUUUGGCUGUUCAUGCCUGUAAUCCCCGCGCCUCAGGUUGACACAGGAGAAUUUGAAAUGUAAGGCUGUCUUCGGUGACAUAGAGAAUUGCAGGCCCAUAAGCUUCAUGCCUGAUCCCAUCAGAGUCUAGAUGGACCUUGAACUCCACAUGGUCUGGCCCUGAAUCUUCUCAUUCCCUGUUCAGCCCAUCUCCAGCCAGCCUGAUACUAAGUCCUUCUCCAUGCUUGACCAGCUUUGGCCCUGCCUCGGCCUCCCCAGUGCCAGGGUUAUGGCUCUAAACCACAGCACCUGGCUUCGAUGUUAAAGCUCUUAGGUCAGCCUGACACUUAUCACCGAGUCACCAGAACAGAUGCGUUCCUUACACCUGAGCACACCUCAGGUCACGUGAUAGAUCUAAUUGGAAAUACUUGAUAGAUUGAGGACCCAAUUCACAUACCCGUGUUUUAAUUAUAUUUGACAGGUCCCCCCCCCCCCAAUAGUUCAAUCAAUGCCUCACAUAUUAGAGGCAAACAGUCUGAUGGAACCGUAUCCCCAGCUCUGGGGGCUGGGGGUGGAGUUCUGGGCAGGGCCUCCACCACUAAGCCACGCCCACAGGCCCUCAUUGGGGGAGUCUAGGCAGGGGCUGUACCUCUGAGCUAUGUCCAUAUUUCUAGACAAGGUCUCACUAAGUUGCCUGGGCUGCCCUUGAACUCACUGUAUUCCAGACAGGCCUUGAAUUUGGGAUCCUACUCUCAGCCUCCCAAGUAAGUGGGAUCACAGGCCUGUCUCACCUCCUGGCUCAGUUUUCUCAAACCUGCGAUGUUCUGGUGGAUCGAAUACAAAUAGGAUCUGAGAUUGAUUCUUUUCCUCAGUGGCAUUUGCCACACAUUUGGAUCACAGUUCAAUAGCACAGCCCAUUGUGGGAGAACUAUAGCGGCAAGAGAGGAGACGGGUAUCCACAUUGCACAGCCGCAUUUGGGAAGUAGAGAAAUCACUCUCUCCUUUGUCUUCAUCCCAGGACCACAGCUCUGAGGACUAGUGCCUCUAACAGUAGGUGACCCCGCCUCAUUUAUCCCAGUCUAGACACUCCUCCACAGCCCUGGCCAGAGUUAAUGUGAAUUCUGUCAGUUAACACUGACCAUCACAGACAGCAGGUAGCUGAGGAUUUGCUGUUACACACGCAUGUGGCUAAGCAUAUGCAUACUGGCACGUAAGUGUGCUCAAACACAUACCCAGCUCACAGGUACUGCAGCCCCUCCUCAGAAGCUUGGAACUCAAUGUUAUUCCUCUACUGCCUUGGCCCUAUUUCUUUGGUCUGGCUACAGUAACAGCCACCUUGCUCUCCUGUGACUUCCUGUUAAGUGUCCUGCAUUCUCUAAACCCUCUGGUCCUUUGACUUCUUUUUUGGUAUUUUGACAUAGCCUAGGCUUGCCUUCAACUCUGUAUGUAGCCAGUGAUGGCCUUGAAGUCCCAAUCCUCCCUCCACCUCUCAAGUGCUGGGAUCACAGGCAUGCGGCCCUAUGCUCGGCUCUGACCAUGUCCUGCUUUGGUGCCGCAUGGCGUCCCUGUCCUGUGCUUUGCUGCCGUCUCUUCUCCUUGAGGCCGGAGGCCCAUGGUAGAGGCAUCGGGAAAAAGCACAAUGUGGUCAUUGUGCACGUUCUGGUCAGCUCCAUAAACUUGUAUACGGGCACUUUUGUGUGUUGGGAUUCCUUGCCCAUUUUUGUUUUGUUGCUUGGAGAGAGAAUCUAGGCCAUCUCAAACACCUGAGGCCAGGUGCUCCUCCUGUCCCAGCCUCUCCUUGUCCUGGAUUAUAGGUAGAGGUGGCUGCCUUUUAAACUAUAAUUCCCCCUCCCCCGAGAUAGGGCCUUACUUACUCUAUAACUCUAACUCAUGGCUUGGCAUCUGAAGAGCUGGGGUUACCGGUGCAAAUGACUACAUGUUGCCUAUGUGAUCUUUUGUUAGGGUUUCUCAGCUUUUCCAGAAUGUAAGUAAAGCUAAGAGUGAGACCUCCGGAAGCCUCCAAAUAGAAAAGGUUCAGUCUCCCUUGUCACAGGUCACUGGCUGCCAGCCGAGCUCCCAUGAGGCACUUCAGGUCUGGAAGAGCCUGGACACAGGAAUUCUGGGAAAUGUCAGUCUUCCAUGCUGGAAUUGCAACUAUACAAUCUUGGCAUUGCCCUUGAAAGACAAGCAGGUUUCAGAAGUCGGUGAAUGAAUGAGGUGCCCUCCUCAACAUGGACAGAGUCUCACACUUCUGGCUCAUGAAGGAACUGUCUAUUAGAAUGUGUGUGUGUGGGGGGGGGGGGGAAUCUGUCUGGUCAACCUGUGGUGUGUUUUGGAAAAAAGAAUAAAAGGGUAGAAAUACUA